AGGAAACGACUCGGAGCCUGGAGGAGCAGCGUCUGUGGGGACAGGAGCAGCUCCGGCAGCAGGAGGAGCAGGAAGUGGAGGCAGCGGAGGAGGAGUGGAGGACUGGGAGGACAGGGACACUCCUCUUCGUCAGUUAGAAGCUGUGGAGGGGGAGGAGAGGGACGGAGCCAGGGCUCCUCGAGCCAUCGACAACCAGUACUCCUUCUUCUGAGGAGGAGGCUCUGGGAGAGGACGUGAGACUGGACCAGGUGGCCUGGGUCACACUUCUUCAU